AUGGCAGCGGACUUUCCGGGUUACGCCUCGCCCCAACUCUCUGAGGAACAUGAGGAGAGUGAACUCCCGAAAAAGAACAAAAACAAAUGCCUAGGGUGUCUCCGAGACAAUGUCUUUACCUUGGCCACUCUCUUAGGGGUUUGCGUGGGUUUUGGUAUCGCUUUUGGUGUCAGAGCCGCCAAGCCGUCCUCCGUAGCCCUCACAUGGGUUGGUAAGUGUUAUCACGUUUCGAAGUUCAUUACGUUGGUGUGUUGGUGUAGCCUUAAAAUUGAUGCGAUAUUCUACAUGAAAAUUAGUUUGUUUUGAAAUGGCUAACUCCACCAGAGGCCAAUAGGAGCAAGUUAGGAUUGUGCUCGUAGAGAGACCCUGGUCGCAGCCAGAACCGAGGCUGUGAUCUACGUAGGAAGUUGCCAGUUUGGUAGUCAAUUUAUAUGAUUUCUUCCCAUUCGCAACUAGGAUCAGAAUACAUUUAUAAUAAAAUUGAAUGAGUAAUCAUAAAUUAUUUCACACACGCGCCAGUCAGAGAUGUCAUCGUAAAGGAUAAUUCCAUGAAACUGCAGGCACAGAAGGUCGUCUGCAGAAAUUUUAUUUUUAUAAAUUUUUCUGAUGAUCUUCGACGUGCCUUGAAACUUAAACAUGUUUACUAAAAAGAAAACACACGACAAUAUUCCUUCUGGUGCUCAUUUGGUAGAAAAUCACAUCUUUUUAAAUUUCUUACUCAGAAAAAGUGGUUAGUUAGGUUUUGCGAAACUAUUCGCUUUAUGAAUACUUUUGAGCUUGAUCUGCCGUCACAUAUGCGUUUAGGCUUUCUAGUCUGCAAGCCGUAGCAUUUCUUGUAAGAAAAAAGCAUAUUCCUGCAUGCUAGCAAUAAGAUACCAUGCAGGGCUUGCAUGCUCUUUGAAAUGAAUGAGGACUAUUCUGCCAAUUCAUGGGGAGUAUCAGUUUACCAACAGAUGCGAUGCUAUUUGAAUAAACAUUACAGGCCCGAAAAAUCUCAUUCUUAGAAACUUUUGCAGAGCCGUAAUAUAACCUUUUUUCAAGUAUAAAAGUUGCACUAAAAGGAAUAUGUUUGGACACGUUCUAAAUAAAUUAUAUUUAUAUGUACUAGGGGUUCGAAAAUCCAUUAAGAAUAUAUGUACCAUAAUUGUAGCCAAUUUUACAGAGUGUGGUUUUUAACAGGCGAAUAAAAUAGAAGUGCAUUUAAAAACCAGCGUCCUAGCGUCCGCGUAAUAUCUUGGUAUUAUACUGCAGGAUGAUCAGUAUUACAGUCCUGUGUGAGAAAUACUUCUAAUCGGAAACACAUUUCAGAGUUUUGGUUAACACUUCAUGAGGUCCGAGAUGGACUGUAAAUCUCCUAUGCUUACGAUUUAGGGUUUUAAACCGGCGCCAUCUUACCAAUGAGCCAUAGGCAUAACCUCUUAUAAAUGCAGGCAGUGAAGGGUUUAGCUCGCUCGUGGAACUAACAUUCCACCUGAGGCGGGAAUAACUGUUUGUCGCGUUCAAUCAGUUUGAAGUUCUCUUAGCCAUAAGUUUGACUGUGAGUCCAUUGGAAAGCCCCAAGUGGGCCAGAACUCUGGUUACGUGAGUGAUAAUGGGACGUCGCGUUUGCUGCCAGAGAAUUAAUUUCAUGUCCUCUUAAAACGCGGCAAACCCACUGGUUGGACUCAUUGACGUCAACUAGGACAUAGUUACUUAGGUGGAGUAUACGACUGUUGAGCGCCAAGCAAAAGCCAAAGUCACUACGUAUUUCGCGCAUGGUGGCUUCCCAAAAGGACAUUUUACAGCCAAUUCCGACGAUCCGGCUCGAAAAAGAUCGCUACUGAAGCAGCUUGUUAAAUUCGAGGGAGAUCAUGGUUAAGUUUUAGGGUCAGUGUUGGGAUACGGGAAUAAGUCCCGCUCCCAACACUGCAUUACGCAGGAGUUCACUUUAUCCGUGACUCACCAAAGUUUAUUUGUUUUCAUUUUCUUUGGAGGUAAUUACGUCUUCUGCAAGGUUAAUUCCAAGAAGAAUAAGUACGCCAUUUCGUGAAAACGAGGCAAUUUAGUGUUUUGCCUAGAACUUUAAUUCAUUAUGUACAGCGAGUGACCGAGCUCAUGAAAUGUUGGCCGAGAUUCCAAAAUGCGCUUUCGACUGUGGCUGUAACACUUAUUACCUUGCGGCUUAAUCGGGCCCACCAGGAUGUCCCCUUUUAAAUGCACUUUUUUGUGACCUGCAGAAACCAAACUCGUUAAAAAAUGACUACUUAUUUAGCAUGUGUUUUUUCACGUUGAUUUUCGAUGAUCCUAUAUAUUUAAAUAUAAUUUAUGGGAAACAUGCACAAACUAUGCUUUCUUUUACUGGGGUGGUAGAAAAUUACGUUGUCUUAUCGUUUUAUACUCAGAAAGAGGAUAUCUUUCGGUUUUAAAAAGUUUUUGUUUAUGAACUUUUUAAGACCGUGCAAUGUCCAUUCAUACAACAUCAUGCCUCUCCGUCUACCAAUGUUCGUCAUGAAGUGUGUGUGACAUAGCCUCCAUCCAUUACAAAAUUUUAUGAACUCUAUGGUGUAGUUUUUUAAAGGCAUAGAGGAAUAUAUGAUUUUAAGCGGAAAACAUGGUUUUAGAAACUGUAGAAACUGCGUCCUAUUUAAAAAGACGGCGAAACGACGGGGGCUUUUCGGAGGCAACCUACCUCGUAUAACUUUAAACAAAACUCAGCUUCGUACGAGACUUCCCUGGAAAAUAAACUCAGUCGGUUCACUUUAAAAGGGUUGCCCCAUUUAAUCUUAGCGUUGAAUAAUCAUGACAAGAUAAGCCGAUAAGGCAGCUAUUUUUUUCUUGAACAGAGUAUCCAUAACUGUCUGAGGGAGAUUUCAUUAGGAAACCGGUCUGCCAUGCCGCCCGAAUUAAAUUGAAAGAGUGUUUUACAUCACCCAAUAUCGCAACCCACUUCUACCGAUUUUUACCACUUGUAAGUAUGUGGUAAUUUGGCUGCGGCGAACACCGCAGAUGAGGUCUAAUUUUAGCGCGACCGAAGCCUCAGAAUAAGCUUUCGAGAUACGAGCGCUGGGUCUGUUGGCCCUAUGACACGCCCCUGCUGGGGCGGGAUAUUUGCAACAAAGUGCUUCGAUUAAAACAUGCGUAAUUUAAGGGCUUCUGGUUUUGCAGUUAACGUAAACAAACAAGAUUGUUUUCUAUAAAAGAUAUUUGAAUUUGAAAGCGCGUCGGGAAUCAACAGAAAGAUGCAUACUAAUUAAGUAGUCACCUUUUGCUGAGUGCCGUUUUUAUAUGCGGUCGUAGAGAAAUGCGCUCAAACGUCGAUAUCCUGGCGUGCCUGGAAUAUCAAACAGUUAUACCGCAAGAUGAUUAGUGUUGACAGAAUUUUAUUACCGACAAAGACCAGGGAGACUGGAGUGGCCUCUUCUGGCAUAUUGGCCGUCGUGAACCUUUCAUACCCAACUCCGAAAUGUGGAACACCCGAGGCUCGAACUCGCGACCUGUUAGUUAGAAGUCCACGCCUCUAACCACUGGGCCGCGAGCCCGUUGCCCUGUCGGUCUCGAUCGGGAAAAUAGAAUGGUAGGGGGCGCUCACCGAUCAUUCUUACGGAACUCACUCGUUCCGUUGUGCCUUACGGGCUCUCUCUUAAGCCCAGCCAGCAGCCGCGCAGCGGCGCAGGAUUAAGGCAGUAUGUUAUUACCGACAAAGAUAAGGCAGACCGGAAUGGCCAGUUCUGGCUUAUUAGUGGUCGUGAGCCAGUCAUACCCAACUCUGAAGUGUGGAACACCUGGGGAUCGAUCUCGCGCCCCUCCACCAUUGUGCAUUCUCGAUCGCAACCGGCAGGACAACGAGCUCGUGGCUCAGUGAUUAAAGGCGGUGGACUUCUAACUAGCAGGUUGCGGGGUCGAGCCCCAGGUGUUCCACACUUCGGGGUGGGGUAUAACCGGCUGACACCUGUUAAUAAACCAGAAAUGGCGAUUCCAGUCUCCCUUGUCUUUGUCGGUAAUAACAUGCUGCCUAUAUCAUGCGCCGCUGUGCGGCUGCUGGUUGGGCUCGAGAGAGAGCCUGUAAGGCACAACUGAACGAGUGAGUUCCGUAAAAAUAGAUCGGUGAGCGCCCCUAAAUAUUACAAAUCCUCUUAAGCAAUUCAUAUUAAUCGAAAACGCAUUUUAAAAUCUAACUGAACAUGUCAUGAGAUCGGUCGCUUUAAGCGGACACUCAGACAGAACUUUUCUUGAGGUCAUUCUUACUGUCAACAACUAACCACGCACCGAACUAACGGGUGAGACAGCGAAGGCACGCUGAUUGAUCGACAGCACCACCAGAGCCCCGAAUCGGUUCGGCUUUGUGGGGGCCGUUCGAUGUGUACCCAAACAGGCGUGUUAAAAUGGGCUGCUGGUCAAUUUUCAAGCUCUCCUUAUCCUGUGUUUACAAUAUGAUUUCAGAAUCUGAAUUUACCUUGAAAUCGUGUGAAUACAAACCCCAAGCCAUGAGUAAGUGCAUGCACGAGAAGAAGUGCGGUAAAAAUGCACGCUAAGGCUAAAAUAUCGCAUAAAUCGCGAGGACUUGGAUAAGGUAGAAAGCCACUUCGGGGUUGAUAGGAAGAACGCAAAGGAGUAACAUACCGAGCGGUCCUCGGCAAAUUUCACAUUUUGGCUUUUUACAAAUUGUUUCAGCAAUGCCAGGGGAUAUCUACCUACGACUUCUUCAGUUGACAAUCCUUCCGCUGAUCGCUUCGAACAUUCUCCUGGGUUUGUUUAUUCUUGUAUUUUUUUACUUCACCCGCAUGCAACAGUUUUUCAUAUAAAUGCCAUUAAACAUCCUAGUGGACAGACCAGACUUGGGAGAUUUAGUGUAAAGUAAAUGUCUCGACAGGCAGAUCACCGUUCAUUAUCAAUUUACAGGAUGGCAAGCGGCAGUAAAAUGAGCUCGUGGUCCAAUGGUUGGGGCGUUGGACUCCUAAACAAUAGAACGCAGAUUCAAGUUUUAAGGUUGCAAAGCCUGGGGUUGAGUACAGCUGACUGGUGAAGGCCUUUGUCCUUCUUGUAGUGUUAUUCUGCUCACUGACCUCGUAACGAGUUCAUCGAAUGCCCCUUUACCAGCAUGUUCCGUAACCUGAUCGGCGAGCGCCCACUGUCAUAAUAUAUAUAUAUAUAUAUAUAUAUAUAUAUAUGGUAGGGGGCGCCCGGGCGUUCCACACUUCGGGGUUGGGUAUGACUGGCUGACGACGGCUAAUAAGCCAGCAAUGGCCAUUCCAGUCUCCCUUGUCUUUGUCAUUAAUGCCAUAUAUGUAUAUAAUGGUAGGGGGCGCUCACCGAUCGUUCAUACGGAACUCACUCGUUCCGUUGUGCCUUAAGGGCUCUCUCUCGAGCCCAACCAGCAGCCGCACAGCGGCGCAUGAUAUAUAGGCAGAAUGGUAUUACCGACAUAUAUAUAUAUAUUAAGCAGCUAACUAAAAGCGCCACAGGCCAGGCGCAGACAGCUGUUUCACGGUCGUUACCAAUCAUCAGUACGUCGUGGGCCUUAUAUAUGCAUAUGUGUAUAAAUUUUGGCACGGAUCUGAUAUCAUAGCUGUUUCCUGUGAAAUGUAAAAACGUGAUUUCUCCAGGCCUCCGGGGUUUAGAUCACCCGCCCCAGAGGUGGCCUGGCGGAUGUCUCAUAUAUUUUGGAAAGCAUUAUUUAAUAAAUAGAUGUGACUAAAAGCAUCGUGCCUCUCGGUCGGAGCCUCGAAACUCGGGUCGUUAGAGCGUCGGUUGUGCGCAAACCUUGAACUCUCUGUCGUGAGUUCAACUCCCACGGAGGCUUACAGUUUUUUCGAAAAUGGGUCAGGUGGGAUUUAUUCAAGUCACUUAAGGCACAAUAUCUCCCACUCCUUUGGCUAAUAUCUACACGGUCGAUGCGACCGAGCAGGUCCUGCGGCGUUAUUCCGCGCGGUUGGUGGCCCUACUGUUGCGGGGCGAAUGCAUGACCUAGUCGCAAGGAAGGAGACACGAUCACUGGAACAAGACUUUUAUUAACCUGACGUUUCGGAUUCUCACUUGAAUCCAUCAUCAGAGACGGAGUCAGGUAAGGGUAGUGGAUUGACCAGGUGCCGCAGCAUUUAUAGGAGCUGCUAGGCCGCUGUAUGCUAUCACAGUUGGCAGCUGCCGAGUGCGUCACAGCUUCACUGACCAGAAUUCGAAGUAUGCAAUUCCUAUGUGCCCGUGUGCCAGUGAAGAUUGUCGACUCUCACGCCCAUCGCAAACAGUCGAGUUGCUUACUGCCGAAUUUCGUUAUCUGUGUGGACUCUUGGGCAAUUUGGCUCGCUGACACUGACACCAGGAACAGUACUCAUCCGCACGCUCUCUUUGCGGCUAACCGCUUUGCCUAGGCAAAGUGUCAGCGACGAAUAUGGAGUGGGGAGGUCAUUACGAUUGUUCAUUAAUUGAGGACCGGAAAAUCAUGACUCGAGCAGUUCACGGCUCACGCAGUUUUUGCCUCUAAUAAGAAUUUAUGCUUCGUCAAACUUGAAUGUGUGGUUGGGUCCCUUGAAUGAGUCGCGACGUGGGAGCUGGCGUCGUUCCUCCUCGCUGCUGCUACUGCGUUCUCGACCAUCUGCUUCCGGUGUAGCCUUCCAGUUUCCGACCCGAAUUAACCUGAAUUAGGCACAUUCAUCUCUUUGGACGGUCGUAUAACGUGCAGUGGAAGAGUAAUAGUUCUCUAAUGAUAGCGAGUUACCUCUCCGCAACACUACUUUCAUAAAAGGUCCUGCCUGGUUAAACCGGUCCCCUCAAUAAAGUGGACAAUAAGAGUGCGUUGUAAUGCAAUCCUCGUGGGUAAUAAAAGUCCUAAUCUCUUCUCUGGACAGGCGUUUAGCAGGUCAGAAUAAACGUACGGUCGCAUAAAGUUCAGUGACAGAGUAAUAGUUCUCUACUGAUAGCGCGUUACGUCCCUCUACAGGGCUUCUGUCAUUAAAGGUGUGGUCGUGUCUCAUUAAAAUCGUGGAAAGUAAAACUCCUAAUCUCUUCUCUGGACAGAGGUCUAGCAGGUUAGAAUGAACGUCUUAGUCACGUUGGCGGUCAUUAAACAAUAAUGUGUCUGACUGUGCCCCGAAGAUCACGACAUGAUUGGUUAACUUGAUUAUUCUCUCGCCAAAAUUGUAAGGCCGGAGCUUUUUGUUCGAACUAUACGGUUAAACUUACAAGGUCGGCACAUAGGCGUUUAUCAGUAGAUUGCGCCCCGGCAGAAGACUUUUUUGCACUUUGACGGCGCAAAUUACUGAUGCUCCUACGUGGGUCAACCGAAACCGAUCGAAGUCUAUUCAGCCAUUGGAGGACCUGUUUUCCGGCAGGCUACCUGCCACUACUCAUAAAUCCCCUAUCGAACAUUUUAGAUGCUUGUUACCUACAUUUAUGGCUGUUUACCGGCUGACCGUCCACGGCUUCUUCAACUUAGCGGAUUUUUGUUGGACAAUCUAACAGGAACUUCAAUUCAACCUCCAUUACCGCUUGAUGCUCCCCGUAUCUUACGAUAACUGCUGACAGAACUGCUGCUUUUAAGUUGUCCGUGCACACGUAGUCAUGGUGACAGAGAACACCGGACGCAGUAUUCCUGAAGCUUGGGUUUUGUUCUACUCAUAAAACUAGCAAUUAAUAAGGGGACAACGACAAAUACAGGGAAGGGCGAUACGGUCGUUUCUGGUUUGUUAGCCGUCGUCAGUUGGCUAUGCCCAACCACAUGUCUGGAUGGCACGGGAUCCGAACUCAGGCUCUUUGGCCACUGGGUACUAGGCAAUCCAGCCAUCUACCAUUGAGUCAAGGAUCUGUUGUCUUCUCGGUUUUGAUCGUGUCUAUUAAUUAUGGCAGAAUGACGCGGAACGAGCACGUCUCGUAACCAGGCCGGUGAGCGCCCAACCAACAUUUUAAAUAGCGCCUCAUACUCUUAGCAGGAGACUAGUAAAUAACUGCAAAUUACUCAUCUAUACCUUCCUGAUACAGUCAUUAAGCUAUUUAGCCUCGAAAAAGCCAGUUUUAAAUCUUAUUAACCACGUACUGACCCACUCCAAAGAGCGCGGUGCUAUAGUAGUACUUUUAUUUUCGUGACUGAUACUUCGAGAUUAAUCUGGUAUUUAAUUCUUCAAAUGGGUUUUUAUCUCCUUGCUUAAUCCAUCUAAAUUCGCUCCCCGUUGCAAUCACAAUAAUUUGGCACAGCAUGAGAUUAUUUGUUUUGUCGCUCGGGAUGAGAACGACGCUGAACGCUGAUUGGCCAUGAAAGUUACCCCCAGUCAAAGCAUCCGCCUCCAAAUUAAACACCAUGGAACGGAAUCCGCAAACACACAGCCAAAAUUAAACUUGUUGAUGCUAGUGCCGCACUGAUGGGUUGCGUCUUAGUCUUCAAAUCCCUGAGUCGGGAUAAUUACGAGGAAAACGGUGGAGGAUACCCCGGCGCUGAAACCAGGUCGGCGAAAAAUAACUACCCACCGAGGGCACCUGCAGUUAAUGUCUGUUAUCGGUAGAGAAGGUGUACGAGGGAACGGCCAGGCUGAAGUAUAAUCACCCAUCCCCUUGAAAUGAAUCCCCUGAUCGCACUGUGGACACGGAAACGCCCAAUACCACUCUAACGCAACUACUACUGAAUAUUGCACCAUCUCUGUUUAAAGUGAAGUCCCAUUAUGUUUCCCGUGGAAAACUACCAGGGUUUUUUUGGGACUUUGGGAGGUACAUUGUCUCCAAAGUAAACAAAGAUGAUGAACAUAUGCAUUCAAGUGUAUCCUUUUCAGUGUAGAUAGCUAAAGGUUGCCUGUGCUACUGCAACCUGAGUAGGCGAAAUUUGAAAAGUAACAUUUCCGACGUCUAUGGCCCAAUACGGACGUUGAGCUGCGUAAGGAUGAAUUUCAAGCAGCAGUUUUUUUAUAUUCUAGUGGAAGCAGCGGGCUGUUUUCUUUGCCUCUACUGCCCACUGCUUGUCCAAAUAACUUGUUCAAAUAGGACUGAAGAUUGAAAAAGAACCCGCGAGUGUCACAUUGAUUGUUCGUCACGAUUGUAGGGGUGACACUGCGGACCGGAGACCGAGGUCUUGUCUGAUCCCUCCCCCAUCCCAAUUUCCAUUAGACGGCUUGCUAGGUGUGCUUUUCGCCAGCGUCGACGAGGCUCUACAACUCUGUGCCAAGCACUUGAAGUACCUUAAAAGUGGCGUUCAUCGAUGCAUCCUGACGGGAGGACCACAGUAGUCCUUCCUUCCACGCCCAUGGAUCUCCAGAUGUAGACUUCACGCGCAGGGGCUGCAUGGUGACUAACAGGGCAUUGUCGGUUGGGUUGACUUAUAGCCAUUUCCUCUUUGUCAAUAGGAGCGAAAAGGCGGGUCCCAGGAAGCAGUCUUGAAGGAGGAGACACCAUCGAUGGGACAAGAGUUUUAUUAGCCUGACGUUUCGGAUUCCUGCUCGAACCCAUCAUCAGAGACAAAAGCAGAUACGGGUGGUCCAUGGCACAGGUGAACACUUUUCCCAACACCAGGGUCGAUGCGUUAGGUGGUCGAGCAAUCAUCGCACCAACAUCCAACGCACGUACUAAAAUUGCAGCAACUAACGGCGCGAAUGUCGGCCAUUAAACAGUCGGCACACUAAGUGCAACGAUCCCUGAUGGAGGGCAGAGCCGUGAAUGUUCAUAGGUAUGCGGUAGCAUGGCGACUGCAUCGUAUAAAUACUGCGGCCCCUUGUGCAUCAACCAGCUUUUGUCUCUGAUGACGGGUUCGAGCAGGAAUCCGAAACGUCAGGCUAAUAAAGCUCUUGUCCCAGCGAUCGUGUCUCCGUCUUCCUUCCCUCUUUCCUAAAAUAGUGCUCCAGACCACUUAUGAUAAUGGCUGAUUCACCGACUUAAUUGUGGUAUCUAUCGCCCAGUCGUCCCACCUUCCUUCACGCUAAAUAAACUUUAACUAGGAGUAUAGAAAAAGUGCAUUAGACUUCCCUUAAGAGGCGAGACCACUUCCCUCUACCAGUAGUAAGGUAAUGGGGUUGGGUUCAACAAUCUCUCUUUGAAGUUUCCAUUUAUCCGUGCUUCUGUCCCACUCAUAUACGGCAGUAGUUGAGGACUCAUACAAACUUAACGCACCUAGACUAAUGCGUGACAGAGGCCAAUAAUGUUCUCUGGUGGACUAAACGUUCCAAAUUACUUUCUGGGUGAGGCCGUAGCUAUAAUUCAAUCCAAUCCAACAAGUGUUGCUACCUCAAACGCACACGGACCAUCCCAAACCGACCAUGCUACAACUCCGGAAGGACACCUGGCAGCUAAAUUCGAGUAGGUUUUCCGUCCAGUAUUUUCAAGUCAAAUGCUCUACUACUCGCUAUAUGAACUCAGGUCCCGUUAGUUGACUGUAAGUUGUAUUGCAACGACCGUAGAUGGAUCUAUACAGGCAGUUUUGGUAACUGAAGCACCAUGAGAAACCACAUGGGGGUGUCGGAGUUGGAGGGGAGGGGAAAGAGGGCUGGUUAUAUUUCAAUCUUGCCAACGCAACGGCUUGUUAUAAGGCGGAACGAGUCUCUACCAUUUUAGGCCUAUUGACCUGCAGCAUGGGAUGGAGGGGAAGUGCGCAUCAAUCUUCUGCAUGACGGGAUAAGGCCAAGUUUUUUGCGAUCAGCGAAGGGUAUAAACUGUGUGCAGAAAGACGUCAUGUGCCCCGCAAAGUGAAUGCAAAACCGGUGGCCUGCGAAUGUAGGACCUUAUAAAGAGGCGGGCUUGCACAGUGCCUGCUGCACUCGCUCCUCUUCCGCCCACUUUGCACCGAUUGCAAGACAGUGUCGUAACAACGACAGUUUUGGUGGCUGACAAAAAAUGAACAGCUCCUCUAUGCAUGCCACACACACACGGAUUGGUCCUCAAGGACAGCUUGGAUCUCAAACACGUGGUAGCGCCCCGUCAUUGAGCCUGAUUCUCAGUGCAGUGCACGUGAAGGACGUUAUAUGCCAGAGCCACACAAACGUGGAUGCAGUGAACCGACAUAGACGACGGCGCAGUUCAGAUAAGCGUGAGAGAGUGCUUUCAGAUGCGAUUUUUGGAGGUCGCCAUAAUUAGAACUAGGACGCUGAAGUCUGGUUGACAGUGGCACGAUAACUGGGGUUUGUGACUAAAAUAUGAAGGUGGGAAGGAAUAAAAAACUUGGGAAGAACGGCUUAUUGAAGGCCUACGAAGAUGUUGGAGGUACGCGAACGUGAUGAAAUCAUCCGUAAACUAGAAAAGAGUUCACAUAACACGCGAAAGGGUUUUACCAGUCAAGCCAUCGCAUCCAUAGCAAGUGUAUGCCAUGGCACACUUUCGCGAGGCUUUUAAAUCCUCUGGUUCACCGUGUGCGCCGCAGUCGGUGGAACACGACUGCAACAAAAGCACCUCGAUUCUCUUGGGCAGAUGUUCCUUUCAUCGGAAGUCAGCGGGGAUUUUGUCCGCCUUCCUCACAAGGACGAAGAAAGUCAGUCUUACUUCGUAAUUUUUGCAACACAACGGCCAUAUACUGAACUUCGGUUAACUGACGGAAAUUCUGGAAGGGGCGACAAUUUCAAACUUUUGGAUUCUUAUAUGGUUUUGGCAGAUUUCAAAUAAUUUAUAUUAACCCAACUGUGAAAAACUCGGCGCCUCGGUGGGAUUCGAACCCAUUCAGUAAGGGGAAGGCUUUAGUACGGCCAAGGUUCUAACCACUUGAGCUACGAGGCCCGCCGGACGACGCGAGAUUAAUCACAUUCGGGUCAAGUUUACCCGCCCAACCUACUGCAACGUCUGGAAUCCACCAAAUCUGAUACAGUAAGCUGACUACCCAAGCAGGAUUUCCUAAGUAAUUCCCCUAGAAUCCACCAGACGACUACCAGGCUCACGUAAUUCUUAGAUUUUUUGGCAGAUUUGGAUUAAUUCAUACUGACCCUUUAGGAUUCUACUGAAGGGCGUUAGACAGGUUGGUAAUUUUGACUUUAUGGUUUAGGAAACUGAUUGUUAGUCGAUUCAGCCCGGUUGCCAACUCGAUGUCGGUAAGACCCGCGAAUUUUCGGAAAGAGCAAUAGGACCUUAUUACUGGACACCACUGCGUUUUCCGCACUGCCUGCGAAACCUAGGACACACCAGCUGGCGUGCUUUUUAAGCGUUCACAAAAGCGCUAAUUCGGGUCUACGGAUACCCAUUAUGUAAGCUAAGCUACUGAAAACGUUAUAUGACACGCGUUCGCCUCAAAUACAUUGGAGGCUCAAAUUAGCCCUAGGUCCUAUCUGUUCCUGGAAAUACGUGAGUUUGGAAAGCAUAAUCGUUUGUGGCUGCGUCCAGAAACUCAUUUUACUGAACGGUAAAGUAUGAUCAGGCGUCAAGUAGAAAUCCUAAAGAAGUGUUUAUUUUUUUUUUAAUCAAACGUUAAACCGACUCUUUUGACCCUUUUAGUGAUUGCUGCUCUGGAUCCGAAGAAAAAUGGACGGAUCAGCAUUAUUGGGGUGUCCUAUGUGGUCCUGAUAAAUCUUCUGGGCGCAGUCAUCGGCACAGUCUGUGCCUCAAUUAUCAAACCAGGUACGUUUCUGUCGUGAUAUUGUCAAUGAGAUGAUGCACUGCAGCGUGUGUGAGUUGACGGUUGAAAGUGGCUCUCGGCUAAUUAAAAGGGUGUGCAGGGGGCUAGCUGGUGUUAGUGGGACGUCUGUGCGCUACCGUCACCAGGUUAAAUCUUAUGUUGACAGGAGAGAGACAGGAGGCACCAGAAUGUGGGGCUUAUUGUGCACAGAACCCGGAGUUGUCCUCCCAGGCGACAGUGGCCACAGGCGAAGCCUGGCUAGUCAUGCCUGAGAGCCCUUGGGACGGUGGUGGCAGCCGCUUUUGUAGGCUCGUGGGCCAAGCUUAAGUGGUGUCCAGUCGGUGUGUGUUGCAGUUGCCGGGGCGGUGGUGUCCCAGUGGCUUGUUUUGCUGGUUGCAGGGGGUGGCGCGUUCAAGUGGCCGCAUGGGUAGUCGCGACGCUGUGUGGACGCAAUUGUGUCCGAGGUGAAGUCGGUCGAGUGGCGUCAGGUCAGCUCGUCUGAGACAGUUCGCUGCAAGGGGUGAAUGACCUUGAGGCAGCGAGGUCGUGAACACUGACACCAGACCGGUCAUGUUGGCUGCCCGCUACAGGUGUAGUCUGACAAGGAAUUGGUGUACAUGAUGCAACACAUGUAAAAAAGUACAAACUAAUGGUAAACCGACCGCCCGAUGGGGGCCAGAAGGCGGCUUCCAGGAGGCAAUUUAGAAGAGAAAUACUCGACAGUCUGAGCGGGCAUCUCAUCAGAGGCAACAGGAGAUAUGAGUAGGGGAAGCUCAAGGGUUUGUUGUAUGCAUGGGAGGUGGUCACUAUGUCGUCAAGCAUUUACUAAAUUAAACAGAAACCGCAUAUAUCGAUGGUUGUUAUGGUGAGAGGAGUAACGCCUCAACUAUUCACACCGUAGUUGGUGACUGUCACCAUUUCAGUAGCAGUAAUAAUUGUUAGUGUACUAUUUAAUCGGCAAUUUGACUCGCCGAUGCUGUCAAUGGAGGUAGUGUUAGUUCUCAUGCUUCCUGCUUUACUGUGUACUUUGUUCGUGAGAAGUCUCAGGGCUGAGUAUUAAGGGGAGAUAGAGCUGCGCUUGUUAACUGACUGCGAGUCGGAGACUUGGAAUGCAAGCAACUGACAACUCACGCGACUGUUACGCCUCUCGUACAAUUUGAGCGUGUGGCUAGGUCACGUCAAAUGAAACGCGCCACGAGAGCUGGCCCCACCCCUCGCUGUUGCUGCGUGCUCGGUCAUUCGCGUCCUCUCGUGCUCUCUGAUUCAAGUUGUCUUCGAACGAGACAAGGUGUCCGUCGGCCUCAUUAUUUGGUCCCUGAUGGUGGCAUUCGGUCCUUUUUAUUAAACCUCAGCCCCGAGUGACGUGAGAAGGCGGUUGACGGCUUCUGAGACGUUCCGGACGUACGGAGCGCUUGCAAAAAUAUGACUGCGAUGAAAUUUGACCUCCUUGUGUCUUCUGCACUUGCACCAGUAAGCAUUCGUCCUGAUCAUCCGUUGAAAGUGUUGUGAUUUUGAAACCGUGUCGUCUGAUUUACUGCAGCGCGUUCCAACGCACCGAUACUGUUCUUACGUAACUGCGUUUGUGGUUGAAGCUCAGACCUCGCGUGGUAUUUGUUUCUUUCCUAAACUUUGGUUUCUAUGCGAUCACAAUAUUUGCAGCAGAAGUGGACACAAAGGAGUAACUUCUGGUUGCGACCGCCCAUCCCCACCGGGAAAUAUAUGUAUGGGAAGUCCGUGUUAAGAUGGUUGUUGAUCCCGCUCGAUGAUUCCAAAACCACUGCCUACAGAUCGAGCCCUAAAUUUUCGUGUGCGGUGCUGAAAGACUGGUCAGUCCAACUGCCUUGAAAGCGCAUUGAUCACGAAUGCACAAAUCGGCGAACCAGUUGAUGUGUCUUUCAUCUGCUCGUUAAUUGUCUCGGCAAACGUGAAGUAGGCCUUGCGGUAGAACUUUAGCACUUGCAAGAUUCAAGCAGAUCCUGGGGAAUUGAAGUAGACACGGACGUGAUGCCAAUAGAAGCGAAGAGACGAGUCCCAGGAAUUAGUCUUGAAGAAGGAGACACGAUCGCUGGGACAAGAGCUUUAUUAGCCUGACGUUUCGGAUUCCUGCUCGAACGCAUCAUCAGAGAAAAAAGCAGAUACGGACAUGAUGCCAGAAGAUGCCAUGACUUCCUAUAGCAGGAAACUUGCCCCUUUAAGUGUCUCCGAUACCGCCCCGGAUGAAGUGACCAGGGUGUUCAGCUCACCAGCCAGAAGUCGAGACGCCGGAACGCCAACUUUACCCGCCGGUAAUUUGUAGUGCUUUCUAUGGACAUGAGAAGACAGAUGGGACUGGCCUCGUCGUACAUUUUAGAGGCCAUCAAAUUGGGUCAUGGCCGUCGCAUGGGCUCUUGACAUGUGCGACGCUCGAUCAGAAAUGUUGGACCCGCCUUCUGCAUAAAUUUUGCGUGUCACUCUUUUUCUUAAAUUGGGAGCAAUGGCUGCCUAACGUCUAAUCUGUAGCGUGAGGCCAUCAUGACCGGUCUGGCGUCAUUGUUCAAGACCUCGCUGCCUCAAGGUCAUCCACCCUUUUGCAGUGAGCCGUUCUAGGCGCGCUGACCUGAAGCCACACGACCGACAGCUCGGGCAUAUCUGCGUCCACACGGCCGCAGCUGCCCAUGAGACCGCUUGAACGCACCUUCCUCCCCCCCCCCUCCCAGCAACCACAACCUAAGCCACUGGGACACCACCCCUCAGCUACUGCAACGCAUACUGACUGGCCACCGCUUGAGCUUGGCCCACGAGCCUGCAAAAGCGGCUGCCACCACUAUUUCAGGGGCUCUCAGGCAUGACUGGAUGCAGUCAACAACAGCCCUGGCUUCGCCAGUGGCCACUGCCGCCUGAGAGGACAACUCCCGGUUCUGUGUACAAUAAACCCCUCAUUCUGGUGCUUUUUGUCUCCCUACAACUUGGGAUCUGACCCGACGACGGUAGCGCACAGACAGGGACACACUCACGCCGCCUAGUCACAAAUCUUUACUUCCGGGUCGUAUUAGCCGUUAGGAGUGGUAUCUGAUUUUCGUUUGUAUAUUCUGCACUGACGCAGAUUAUAGCUUCUAAUCCCUUUUUGUUUAAUUUAAUUUUAGGGAGUGCUUGAAAGUUCUGACGUGUUCUUAUUUUCUAGGAAGCAGACAACUGAUUACUCCGCCCUCAUCAUCUGGAAAUAAUGCCCUAACAGGGACCGGUCUCACAGCCUCGGAUGUUUUUCGUGACAUGUUUUAGUAAGUUGCCAUUUGCUUUGUUGGUUGAGGUUGUAACCUACGAAAUAGUACUUGGAGCCGACUCGAAUCGGCAACGGUGGUGUGUAUGACCCCAACUAACUUGAGGUAGCCAGUGGACCGUGUCAUACGGAAAUUGUAGUAGAGGGGGAUUUACGGGUGGGGCAAAACCUAGGAGAGAGAGCAGACGGGAUACAAUAAAACACAGAAAAUAAUUACAUUCCCGUCGAAAGUCUUAUUUUACGCCGUCUUGUGACAACGAAGGUGAGCGCGAUAAGUAAAAAUGAGCAAAAUGCAGUUUUCAAAAGUAAACGGAAUUUGAGUUUAACGCCAAUGCUAAGUUUUCAUUUGGUCAAGAAUUCAAGGUAACGGUCAAGUUUAGAACCGCAUGUAGGUGUCGUAUGCAAAACGGUUCACAGGCUACCUCAAGUCAAUUGGAGUCCUACACCCUACCGUUGUCCUCAAAUCUAGUGCAACAUGCCAAAAGUAGCAUAUUUCCUGGACAGGAAUACUGGCAAAUACGGGAGAGGGAGUAGGAUGGCUAUUUUUGACUCACUAACUGCCGCCAGCCAGCCAGAAGUAGUGUGUUUUCAGGAGAAAAGUGUCGACAAGGACAACAGAGAGAGGGGCUAGGAUGGCACCUUCUGAUUUACAAAUCGUCAUCAGCCAACCCCACCUAACUCCAGACCUGAAUGAGCUGGGAUUCGAACCCAGGUCAUCGUAAAUUGAGCAGUCCAAUGCUCUACUACUGAGCCACGGAUCAGUUGCCUUGUCGCUUGGGAUCAGGAAUAGCAACCACGAUGGCAGGGCGUUCACCGUUACUCCUCUCCUGCUAAUAUUAUUGGUCACUAUUUGACUCCCUGCGAAAGCACCUGAUUGGCCCCUAAGGCACAUCGGGUUGUGCAUUAAGGCACGCGUAGAGGAGAUCAAACUCCACCGCAGGCAAAAUUUUUACAAGCGCUUUGUCCGUCCAAAAAACAGAAAAAUACACCUGUUCGCCAAAUUUUUAUCGUUUUAAAUGUUUAAAGUGGCCUUUGCGGAACUUUGUGGUUGUUUUGAGGAGAAAAAAGUGAAAAGGGAGCCCUGCAUGUCUGGUGGCAGUGUGUAAAGAGUGCAUUUCACUUUCAAUGCACUUGAUCGCGGCAGUACUUUGGCGGGUUGGUCUCCUAGUACUCCUUUGGCACCAAACGGACUGUCCAUGUGGUUUCAUAGUCGGACCGUGAGUGAAGGUGAAGCCUUUAAAGGGCUCGUUAGGGCAUGUUCUUACGCAGCCGUUCAAGUGGCAACAUACUAACGUUGUUCUCGCCCUUUCUUUUAGCAACCUCUUCCCCGACAACAUUGUUGGAGUGACUAUAUUUCAGGUAACACCAACUUUUAUAUUGUGCGUUCAAACAUUUAACCCACGUUUGUAACUAGAUUUAUGUUGCAAAUUGACCUAAGAAGGACCAAAAAUGAUUCCGAUGUUGAAAAGAAACAGUCCAUUUUUGAAAACCGCAUGGAAGGGGUAGUCAUCUACCUGUUCUGAUUGCGCAGUGAAAUACGUCGAUCUUGUUUCAGUGUAGUAAGAAACACUUCCUGGGACUCGCAUUUUCGCUCUGCUCGGUGGUAUUCGUUUGUCUUGUAGCAAACAUUUUACAGUUCGCACAAACGGAGUGUCCGAUUUAAGCCUCCACGAACAAUUUACUGGGGUUUAAAUUCUGAGGUUUGUAGGCCUGAGGUCGGUUUAUAGAUGACUGAAUCCGGUUAGACGCACGUAUUUUACUCCAGUUCUCAUGUGAGUCGAAGACGUUAAGGAGGUCUACGAUGAGGUCAUAAUGAUCUGGUUUGCAUAAGGAGCCGGCCCACCCAUUUACCCAUUCAUGGAUCUUCAACGUUUAUUUCUGUAAUUCCUGACCUCUAAGACCUGUUGAGCCGCACUUGCAGGUGGCGUUUUAAUGAAACGGUUAAUGGUUCACGCGAAAAUAAUCUUUUUAAAUUUUAGUUUCGAACUGAAGUGGUCAACGUUACGACAAUGGAAAAAACAACUGUUUCAAACAAACCCGGGACCAAUAUGAUUGGUAGGUUUUCUAAGUCAUCCUAGUAAGCAGUAUUUUGCUGCCAUUGGCGAGUUCUUGUUUAGGGGGGUACAGAAAAAUAACUGCGGGUUUUUAUGUUUAAGGUGUUGCGUUUGGUGAAAUACUCAAGGCCCUUCACAAUUGCUGUUUGGGUAGCAGAUAUCGGGGUGGAUUUUAGAUGCCCGGUGACCUUUUGGCUGACUGCCAGACGACUCCGUUAUUGAUGGAAAGCGGAACGCGGUCAACGAAGGUCAUUUCGUUGAGGGAAUUAUCAGCCAUAGAACACCAGAGAGAGGGUUCCAUCGUAGCAAUAUGACUGAGGUCCGGCAAACCGAGUAACCUGGAGAGUGACUCCUAGUUUCCUAAUGGUACCAGCACCCUUCGACCAUGGAAUACCAAGAAGUAUAGGACCGACUUAUGUUGACGUCUAAGUAGAACAGGAGAACAGGAGCCAACUGCAAUACGGGUGGCUUCGAGCCAACUUCCAGUAAAAUUAAAGUUGGAGUUAAGGUUAGGGCUAACGUUUAGUUAGCGGUAGGGGUUAGCGUCAGCUGCAGUUUUAUAGUAGGGUAAGGGUCAAGGCUAGGGUUAGGGCUUAGGGAAACUAAUUCUCAACCACUAAAAGUACAACUGCACAUUCCCAAUAGAUUUUCUUUUGCAUACAAUUACUUGGCCUCGUCGCCUGUGCGUUCCCCGGCCCCACCUGUAAAAACACCUAUUACCAUCAGUCCCGUAUUACAGGUGGCUGGAGUUUUUUACCCCAGGUGCGGCUACAUAACCACAUCUGACCUAAUGCGACACCAUAUUCAUAGAAUUUAGCAGUAUUCGUGACUCGUGCCAUUUUAUGUCCUCUUAGGUCGCGUGAUCUUUUGCCAUACUGUCGUUGUAAAGCGAACAGCAUCUUUUUUGGGUUUGAGAAAGCACGAAAUCGCCUAAAGGCCCAUUGAUGUAGUUGAGCUAUGAGCAGUCUUCCGUCUGACUCUGCCCUCUGCCAAUUUUGCACAAGCCUGUACUAAUCGGCUUGGCUUCGCAUGACUUAGAGUUCAGUAAAGUAACUUGCUUAAAUAAACAAAGUGGAUGUACGAUAGGGAUGUUUUAAGAUCCGAUCUAAGAGAUGUGCUGAUCCGCCUACCUUGGUUUGGUCUUAGCGGCGGACGUCCUGGCUUUUUGCUGACUUUUGCAUCUGCCUGUAAAAAGUAUUGGUGUCGCAAACUGCGUCACCGGCCCAUGACCUCUGGAGAGCCAAUCAGAUGUCAGACUGAGCAAUGUGGCACUAGCUGACCUUGAGAAGGCAGCAGGUGACGAUUGGGUAAGCGUCAGUGCGCGUGAUACGGUAAAUGUCGGGGGUGGGGGUGAGGGAGUGGUGAAUUUGACGUAUGUACGUGUACUUAGGAAAAAUAUUUACCGGGAAAUUCGGUAGGCGACGUAAAAGAUUUGAGCUUUCACCUCUGAGUGCAGUUGGAAUACUUGAUUUAACCACUUUUUUCUUCUUAUUCAAGGUGUACUGUUUGUGUCGAUUGUAUUUGGCGCAGCGGCUCGCGCCAGCAAGGAGAAGGGGCAACCCUUUCUGGACUUCUUCGCAUCCCUGUCUGAAGUUGUGACAAAGAUUAUGCGGGCUUUUCUCAAGUAAGUACCCUCCCCCCCCAAGUUGUUUCUGAAAAGAAAAUGGCCUAGCCCUGAACCCCAUCUCAGUCCCGAUGCGGCAUUCUCAACUGAAUGCUGCAAUUACUCUUGCUGCAUCUAACCAAAGUCUGAGAUAUCCCAUAUUGAUGACAAGGAAUAUAUAAUCCACACACGUACACACGAGGAUGGAGAUAAACUUUGCCUUCUACUUGAAAAAACAUCGACCACUGACUGCGCUAUAUUUGAGGGGUGCUCACCGAUCGCAACUGACUGGACAACGAGCCCGUGGCUCAAUGGUUGGGGCGUUGGAUUUCUAAUUAGGAGGUCAGGAGUCCAGGUCUCAGGGAUUGCCCGCCUGGGUCGGGUAUGAUUGGCUGAUGACGGCUAACAAAGCAGAAAUGGACAUUCCAAUCUCCCUUGCCCUUGCCAGUAAUGUCAUUCUGCCAGCGAGGAUUGUCUUUGAAGACGCAGGCGUGUUGAUGCGACCUUGCCUGGAGUCCAAAGUUAGCCCGCUUUAAUGACUGCUACCACAGGUCAAGCUCAGUGUAAAAGAAGGACAGGCACCAAUAAAAAGGCUUUAUUUUAUGUCGGAGCCUUAAAAUACCGACUCGGUAACACGCGUUUUGCAGGCGGGUCGAACGGGUGCGAGUGUCUAGGUGGGUUGGCGCAGUGGCUCCCACAACGGGCUGGGCUGGGUACGACUGCCUCACGGCACGCGUUUAUCGAGCUACGCUCAGUCUGCAAGAACCCCUAACUACUGUUAUACAUGAAUUUGGUGGUGCGCCCAAGACGUUGGCCUUCACCCUGCGUCAGCUACUGCCUCCAACCCCCUUACUGUUUGGUUGACAUCCCCAGACAGUCAACUGUUGCAUGAGAUAGGGGGAAGGGGUAACCAGAGCGACGCUGGGGAGUCCAUCCCCGCGUCACUCCAGCGCAUUCCUAGCGCGCGUUAAUCUACCUCGAUACGCUAAGAGUCUUUCCUCGAAUGGUUGUCAUCUGACAGACGACCAAGAAUAAAAUCUCAACAUCUCCUUCUUCAUGUGACCUUGGCAAGAUCCUAUUUCGUAGCCGUACCUGUUAGGGGUUAGGGUUAGAGGUUUAGGGGUGGAGUAAGGGUUAGGGUUAGGGAUUAGGGGUCAGGCUGGGGCUUGUCUACUACAGUUACGGUUAAGAAAUAAGACCCCACAGUGACCUUUUUGGCACUCUCGUGCAUGGAAAAUGCGAGCUGACCUGGCAGAGAGCCGGUACAUAGAGUGACUGACCGAUAUCAUAAAAUGUUGGCUGAAAUUCUGAAAUGUUUCCUCAAUUAGGAGGGAUUACUUAGGCGCGGUUGUAAUACUGAUAGUCCCACGCAUAUUCCUAUAAUAUUUCGGACUUAGCAGGAUGUCAGCUUUUGAAUGUACUGCUUUCAAUCUGCUGUAGAAAGCGCACUCAGGAAAAGUGACUACUUAAGUAGCACGCAUUUUCCCCAUUGAUUUUUGAUGGCCUUGCAAAUCAAAAUAUAUUUUAUAGAAAACACAAGCAAAACUAUGCUUAUUUCAGUUGUUCGAUAGAGAAUAACGUCAUCGUUAUACGCGAAGAAGGAGUGUAAUCAGGUUUUUAAAAAGUUUUCUAAUUGCCGAAUAAUUUGGAGCCUGACCGGUCAUCGCUCUAGCGCUAAGCGAUUUAAGUCUGUGAGGUGCAUAUGUUCCGCGUAAAGAAAAUCACAUUGUUCUACGUCUUUAAGAAGAUAUCAAACAGAAUGCAUAAAAUUCCGCAAUGGAUACGGACAGUGUUGCACACUUCAUGAGCAGCAGUGGUAAAAACACAGGUACGAUGUGUUAUGAGUGGACAUUUUACGAUCUUAAAAAUCUCAUAAUAAGUAAACUUUUUUAAAACCUGAUUAUACUCCUUCUUCGCGUAUAAAGAUGACGUUAUUCUCUAUCGAACAACUGAAAUAAGCAUAUUUUUGCUUGUGUUUUCUAUAAAAUAUAUUUUGAUUUGCAAGGCCAUCAAAAAUCAAUGGGAAAAAUGUGUUCUACUUAAGUAGUCACUUUUCCUGAGUGCGCUUUCUACAGCAGAUUGAAAGCAGUGCAUUCAAAAGCCGACAUCCUGCCAAGUCCGAAAUAUUAUAGGAAUAUGCGUGGGACUAUCAGUAUUACAACCGCGCCUAAGUAAUCCCUCCUACUUGAGGACGCAUUUCAGAAGUUCAGCCAACAUUUCAUGAAAUCGGUCACUUCCUGUAGCAUUAGAUGCGGUGCAUGUCUUUUGAACCUAUAUCGUGGGACACUGGGUGAAUGUCGUCGCUUACGACGGUCGAGCGGUCGUCGCACUGUCCGUCUACUUUUCGAUUAGCUAGCCACGCGUGCAUGUCUGUGAUUGGUCAAGUGGAAAAUUAAAGAAGUAUAGGUGCCCUAGUUUGUGAAAGUGCGUUCGCCCCAUGACGCCGAGCGUCCAAGUUGGACGCGCCAGGCGGAGAGUGAGUCGCAAUUCCUUGGCGCUGGACUGCGUCUCGAGUGUGGCCAUGCUGGAUCAGACGGAUCGAUCAUGUACGUAACUCAGCAACGAAACGUCCGGAACACGUGUCAUGCAGUCAGGUCGGUAACUUUAGUCAUUCGACAAAAAAAACAAAAUCAUUUCCAAAAUUGAACCACAGGAAAAAGGUUAGGUGGAGGCGGUCCCGUUAGACAACUUCCCCAGUAGGGCGCAUUCCAAGCCAAAAAGUACAACACCAGCUCAAGUGUGUAGGUCAAAUGUCCCAGAUCGGUGCCACCGGGGAACAGAUCCCAAGGCGUAUCAGCUCAUGUGCAGGGGGCAAUACUGAUUGAUGGACUUCAUCGUUCGCGCGGGAAUACUGACACGGGCAGGCCGUUUACGGAGGACGUUCUUCAGCGUACCCCCCAGCGUACCAUUAAUCCCCACCCUCCCCACUGAGCACAUUCCAUCCGACCGUUUCAACAGAAAUUGGCUGAGAAUGAAGCGGUUACGAUGUCUUGAUAUGCAGGUCGCAUCCUGAUUUCUCAGGACUCUAAUGGCCGCCUUAGUGUGCUCAAUCGGCUAUUAGUGGAGCGCUAAAGUUGUAUCUGAGGUACAGAAGUUCGAGUAAACAGUAAUCUUGGCCCUUUUUCGAUCAACUCCAGCGAUUAUCAUUUUCAUAAAGAAGGACACACGAUCUCUGAGACAAGAGCUUUAUUAGCCUGACGUUUCGGAUUCCUGCUCGAACCCAUCAUCAGAGACAAAAGUAGAUACGGGUGGUUCAUGCGAAGGGGGCUGUAGCAUUUAUUGGAUGCAGUCGCUAUGCUACUGCACGCCCAUGAAUAUUCACGGCUCCCCCCUUCAUUGGGGAUCGUUGCAUGUGGUGUGCUGACUGUUUGAUGGCCGACAUUUGCGUCGUUCAUGGCUGCAAUCUCAUAACGUGCGUUGGAUGUUGGCGUUAUGAUUGCUCGGCCAUCUGACGCACCGACCCCGGUGUUGGGAAAAGUGUUCACCUGUACGCUCCCCGCAUGGCUUGUUACUCCGCCUAGACGAAGUCUUAGCACCGAGUAUGGAAGGGCAAGAUCAUUGCACUUGUUAAUGGACUGGGGACCAGUAAACCAUGACCCAAGCAUCUCGCGGCUCACGCGGUUGUUACCUCUAGCGAGUAUUUCGGCCUCGUCGAAUUUGAAUGUGCGGCCGAAUCUCGUCGAAUGAGCCGCAACUUGAAAGCUGGCGUCAUUUCGCCGCACCGCUGCAGCGUGCUCGGCCAUUCGCGUUCGGAUCUGUCUUCCGGUUUCUCCGACGUAGCUGCUUUGUCCGCAACUGCAUCAGAUCCGAUAAACGACUCCAGACGUUUCUUGCCGUGGCAGCGGGUCUUUUCGUUUCAUUACCCGACGCUUGAUGGUUGCCUUCUGUCUGUGUUCAACUCCAACCUCAAGUGGUGCGAGAAGGCGGUUGACAGCUUCCGAAACGUUCUUGACAUACCUAAGCGCUCGCCAAAAUUUGGUGUCGGUGCAGUUAGGCCUUUCGUCCCUUAUGCGUAUGCACCGGUUGACGAAGUUGCGCGGGUAGCCAUUGGCUUUGAAAACCCAUCGGAAGUAUUGCAGUUCGGCAAUUAAUAACGCAAAUGUCGGCCAUCAAACAGUCAGCACACCACGUGCAACGAUCCCUAAUGAAGGGGGGAGCCGUGAAUAUACAUGGGCGUGCGGUAGCAUGGCGACUGCAUCCAAUAAAUGCUACAGCCCCUUGUGCAUGAACCACUUGUAUCUGCUUUUGUCUCUAAAGAUGGGUUCGAGCAGGAAUCCGAAACGUCAGGCUAAUAAAGCUCUUGUCCCAGCGAUCGCUUCCAUCUCCAAGACUGUUUCCUAGGACUCGUCUCUUCGCUUUUAUUUAUUAUCAUUUUCGUACUUUUCACCUACCAGUGAGUCUUCAUUAAUCGUGAAUGGCUGCAUUAAUUUUUGACAUUAUUGGUGUUAUGGUUACUUAAUUCAGGUAAGAAUCACUUAACUUAACUGCUAACACAGUACGACAAUUUAGCCUUCGCGAACGACCAUGUCAACCGCGUGUCCCACAGAGAAAUUGAUGCAGUGACUGAGUUUUGUGAGUGAAUUCACUCAUGGUGAUAGUGGACUUGCGCUACACCUACCGCACUAUCCUUCCUAACCCACCUAAUUUCGGCGUCAAGGCCAUGAAGGCCUGAGGUGGGAAUGGGCGCACUGGCGGACAAAGAUAAACAGCCCGUCUGCGCGUGCCAUACACGCGCCAGGUGGACCAGCGUUUCGCAGGGGAGUGACAGCUCGGAUCCCAUCUGGGUGGAAAUGCCACAGAGGUAAUAGCCUGAAUCUCCACACUGAGAGGCAAACCGAGCUAUCCUGUUAGCUGGCAGCAUUUAGAGCGCCGUGAUAGUUUAAAAGCGCGCCAGAUUGCUUAUAGUGAGUAACGUGCGCUGGGUACCGUGGAGAAGAAGGCCUCAGAGUCGACCGCACUCUUUUUUCCACAUCACAGACAGCAGUCCACCGUCCGAGCCGGUCAGCUUUCUGGUGCGGGUAUUGAGCACAGGUGGGACGGCGCCUAGGCGUGCCACCCCCCACAAGCGUUACAUUUGUUACUGGUACGCAGUCCGAAAAACGCGUGUUGUGCCCUAAUCUAGCUCCCGUGUUUGUCCAGCGUAUCUCCAACGUGGCCUGUUGUAGGGGGGUAACGGUAACAAAAUUCAGACUACUAACACAGCAUUGGUCAUAUUCAAACCGUUUAAAUAGCUUCGCUUUCCCUUUUUCUAUUUUUUACUGUCGCUCUUUUAUUUUACAAUCGUCAAGCUCACGACGACGACGACGACCACCACCACCACCCUGUUCCAAUGCUGAAUGUCCAUCCUGAGUGAACAUAAAUAGUUUCGGCACUCCCGCGUACAUUUGUAAAUAUGAUCUCCAUUUUUUACGUGUCGCCGGUGCGCCAAUCAAAACCUCGCUUUUCCUCGUCUUGUUACUACUACUACUACUACUGCUACUGCUACUACUACUACUACUACUACUACUACUACUACUACUACUACUACUACUACUACCACUACUACUACUACCACCACUACUACUACUACUACUGCCAUCUACACUACUACUGCCAUCUACACUACUACUGCCUUCUCUUUUUCCUCUGUUUCCUCGACACCAACACCAUUGCAACCGCAAAAAUCGGAUGCAAUUGGUCGUUCGUGACAGUUCGACCGUCGAUUUCGACGAUUUCCACCGUGUGGUACACAGUUAAGUGCAGCAGACACGGCGACUUGCGCAUGAAUUAGUGACAGUGGACUUGCGCAGCAUCCACCACACUCUCUACUCUCCACUCCCCACCUCGACCCGGUGUAAAGACAGAGGCAAGAAGACUGGAAGUGGAGGAGGGAGCAGGUGGAUGGCACGGUCGAGCCCGCACCUAGGCGUGCCACCAAACCCCAUGGUCCACAACAUACACUUGACCAGGAAUUUUCACCAAUAACAACAGCAAUACCCCAACAGGGGGUCAGAAGGACGAUGAUGAUGACUGGGCAGCCAUGCCUACCACCUGUACACUCACCAGGAGCGCAAACGCAUUUACCGGCAGGGAACUAGGAGCCAGGGAACUGCCAUCGCAUACCAGGCUGCGAGGGCCAUGCUUUGCUGAUAUUGGCAUAGCACACGCCUUCAGACUUUUUGACUAACUAGUUGUUAGUAGGAGGCAAACAAAUACCCUGAUUAAGCCCCCCCCCCACAAUGCGCACACAGACGAGUAACUUCUACUGCAUUGCUUUUAAUGUCCGCAGGCUAACACCGGUUGGCGUCUGCUUCAUGGUGGCCUCCUCAGUGGCCUCCCGUACGGACAUCCAGUCGGACUUUGUGCAGCUGGGUCUCUUCAUUGCCACUGUUCUCACCGGACUGGCCAUUCAUUUCAUCCUCAUCGUGGUCAUUUUGUUGGCCGCCAGCGGAAAGAACCCCUUCCGCUUGCUGAAGUACAGUGUCGAACCCUACCUCAUCUCCUUUGCAACCACAAGCCCGUAAGUCUUCCACGGAUCUUUUCCCUUCUCCUGCCAACAAAAGCAUUUUUUGUCUGAGAAGAGAAAGGAGACUGUGGUGGUCCUAUCCCGAGCGCCCGUCUCAACGCUGGACCUCUCGCGAGUGUCUGUAAGUACGCACCAGGGCUGUUGGGCGUUAGCCCAGUCGGCUUUUCAACUGGCCAAUCAGAUUAAAGGCCGAGUCAGACGUGUCCUGGCUUAAGACACUUUGACGCAUGCCCUGGCGACACUGGGGUCGCCGCUCUUCCGACACCGAGCGUACCCUCACCCGGCUGUUAACUCCCUCCGACCCCUUCUCCUGUUAUUCUGUGUAGAACACAUCAACCUCUCAACUAGCGCCCACCUUUUUCCAUUGGGGACCGUGCCUGAAGGUCGUGCUAGCCGGGGUCUCGCCCACGGCUUGGGCUUCAGCGAUAAGAUCUCUGGAGGGUGUUUUAUAGCCGUUGGGAGUUAAAAGCAGCUGGAUCUGCUGUCAGAUCCUGUGGUCCACAAAGGUGCACCCGACUUGCAUAUGGCUGCCCGAUUUGGUGGCUCCGCACUAUCUAUCGUCCCUGGUCUUCAGAUGGCUGGGGUGAUGGUCCGGUUGUCAGCUCAUUCUUGUAUUUGAUCUAAGUCGUUUGUAGGUUGGAGUCCCUUGCAUGCUGUCUUCGCAUCCCCUCCCCGCCGUACCGAGCGUCAAACCUGGCGUUUGUAUCAGCACUCCGCCGGAGGUGUCAGUCGACUGAUUUGUGCUAAAUUAGCCCAGAUCAGACCAUUUAACGUCUUUUCCCCCAGAAGAAUGCUGAUUUCCUAAAAAUAUGUUUGUGUGUGUGUGGGAUAUUUCGAUGUGAUCGGAAAUUUUUAGAGUUACAAAUACUGGGCUAGAUACACCGCAAAUUAUGAAUGUAUAUGCCAUAGGCCUGGCGCUUAUGGAUCUGCUUGCUAGUUUUGUGCUAUGGUCGGUUGAAGAUGUCAUGAACGAGAUUGUUAGCACAGUCCUUCUUGUCUUUGUCGAUUUGCUUUCACCAUUCUCCGUUUUGCGGCCUGGUGGAUGUCCGCUAUAUGACCGGUGUCAGCUCUCAUUUGCUCUCGGAAGUAAAACAUAUCGCCUAGUCUUUAGACAUAGGGGAGUGAGUAUCCGGGCAAUUUCGACAUUUAGAUGUUCGAUUUUUCGAGAUCAAUGCAAUCACUGCUACGACGAAAGAUUUACACAGCGACCAAAAAAGCAGACUUAGACGACAUAUUGCGCUAAUGUAAAUAUUCACCAUAAUUAACGUCUUCUACGGGAAACCAGCGAAAUCCUGGUCCACAAUAUCGUCCCCCAAUGACUAAGGGCAGAUCAGCAGAUUUGUUUAGACGCCUAAAGAUGCCGACGCGAACACCUUUGGGGCUAUGGUACAGUCCGCCUUUACACAUGUCUAGAAAUCGGACGAGAUAGGGGACUUCAUUUGGCAGUAAGUGCUCUCACUGGCAAUGUCGCACAAGCUAGCAGAACAAGACACCCGCCAGGUAUUACAAGCUAGUAGAAACGACGUGGCACUACUAACAGAACUAGUGUUGUCGGCGGUUGAACCGAAGAAGGCUAAAUACUUUAAAAAGGCCAAGAAUAAACCAGCUGUUUGGCUAAUAGGCGUAAUCUGUGGAAUACUCGAUAGUCUGACCCUACAGCAGGGUGAGCUCAAGCACGGUGUCUUGCGUAUCACAGUCUAAUUCUCAAAGCUUUUAUCUUAUUUCCGUCCGUCUGCUUCCUUUUACAGGGCCGUUGCCAUUGGAGAGAUGUACGAUGGCCUGGACCGGUACGGAGUGAGCCCCCUAAUCUCCCGCUUCACCACACCUCUCUGCUCGGCCAUGAAGGGUGAUGGGCCGGCCAUCUUCAUAACUUCCGCUGUCCUCUUUGUCGCUCAGCAAGCCGACGCCAAUCUUGACGUGGGGCAGGUCCUAGUUGUCCUGUAAGUGGCCCCAGAAUGAAGACGGGAUGUCCGAUUUUUUAUUCUCCUCCUCCUCCCCCCUCCUCCCCACUUCCUCUCCCUCUUCCUCUCCCUCUUCCUCCCCAUUCAUCUUCUCCUCCUCCUCCUCCUUCCCCUCCUCAUGCCCUUCCUACUCCUCCUGCCUCAUCAUCCCAACCGCAGUCCCCUGUUUUUACAGCUGCUAUGACAGAUGGGAGGACAACUUUCCGGAGCCUGUCACGGAAUGGCUGUUAAAUGUAAAUAAUCAAAGCUAGAUAGCUGGGCCCGAAGCUGUCCACACUCCUUACUGGUGGGAAAAACACUGCAGUUGAGACUGCCUGCUGUAAGACCGACGUUGUCACGCCAUCGCAACGUCGUACCAAGUCCGUCCAUGGCACAGUUUGGAAGGCCUAUCUAUUCUUACGAAUGGAUGCAGCCCUACCCAUUAUACACAGAACCAUCUGUCUUGUAAGACAAACCCACGGCAGUUGACCCUGUAGCUCUAACUAUCUUAAAUCCCCUGCUAGCAAUCAUUCUGUAGUGGGCCUAUCGCUGUCGAUGUUUGCUUCCUUCACAAACGGAUGGCAUGCUGCGGAGAGUUCUGGCCUUUAAAAUGUAUCAGGUCAGUUUGAAAAGGUCUUACCGUCAAAGGCAAGAGUGCCUACAGUCGCCACAGUCCGCAGACAAUCAUACCCAUUCCCAGGUGUGGCGUUUGAACUCGCAUCCGAUUGGUGCGCGAGCUGAACGCUGUGCCAGGCGACCAGGGGUUCACGCUUUGCCAACCGCGACCGGAAAGGUUCAAGGCCACAUGAGUGCGACGUUUUCUGAUCGAGCCACUUUGCGAGAGAAAAUGUGGAGCGGGAGGGGGGGGGGGAAAGGAGUGAUGUUUUACAGCGGUGUUACCUCCGAGGGCCCUCGCGGACUUUCGUUGGACAAGGAGUAUUUAACACUGAAGCAGGGAGCUUAAGCACCAUCACCCGAACACUCCUAAGCGUCGAAUGUUCUCUCAGUGCAAGGAACAUUUUUACCGCAACCCGUAUACACAACGGGUGCCACAUUGGCCGAUCGAGCACCUCGAUACAAGCGAAGAUGCGAGUUCCAGGAACUAGUUGAUAAGAAAUGGAAGCGAUCGCUGGAACAAGGGCCUUAUUCGCCUGACGUUUCGGAUUCUCACUUGGACCCAUCAUCUGAGACAGUGAAAGAAACGAUGCGAUUCUGACGAUGCCAAACGGAGGCUUUGCAACAGGCUAAUUUUUACGGUGCAAAAAUUCGCUCUGAAUUUGCUUACUGACUUCAGUCUGCACAGCAGAUGGUCAUCUGUUUUCUGGUGCAAAUGACAUAAAAGUCACCCAUGCGUCGGUAUACGCACCGUCCACUACAACUUUUGAGGGCGUCUGCCAGUCAGCUCGCCAGCUCUGAAACACCACCAGCGUCAGCAUUCUCCAUGAAGUACUCCCCACCGCCUGCUCUGAUGUCGCAGUAUUAUAUCAGGAGGUGUAUUUCUCAGCCCCUUCUCCAUGUGGCUCAUCUGAUGAAGGCGUGAUCCGAGCCUGAGACGAUUACGCUGCGCCAGAUGCCCUGGCUUGGAAAGUUGCCAACUGACGCCUCAACUCAGCCCUCGCAGUCAGCCUGGUUGCGCGUGUUUGUAUGCUAAGAAGCCGGCCGGUGGUCUGAGAGUUAAGCUGCAAUGGCUCCUUACUUUGACCUCUAUGGCAUUCUCAGUCCGUGGGAUUCCAGCGGGGUAUUGCGCACGCCUAGAGGCGACUCCGGUUGCGCCAGUCGUCGCUCCUGCUGCUGUUAGUUAGAAUCCUGUUCAAUUGGUUGUUGUGGACUACAGCGUGUGGUGUCACGCCUGCGUGCGCGUCCGGUCUCGCCCUCCUGACUGUGUCUUGACACCGGGCCCAGGUUUGGGGAUAGGGACGAGAGAGUGCGGUAGACGCAACGCUAGUCUACCAUCGCUACAACAGAAAUCCCGUGCAAGUCGCCGUGCCUGCUCUCACCCUACUGCAGAGCACACGGUUCAACUGUCGCGUUAGUGCCUGCUGAGGACUUCACUCGAUUCGGCAGUCCGACAUUGCUGGCAAUGAAGCACAUCAGCAACCUCUGAUGCUAGGAGCAUUCACGCUACCGCUAGCCUUUGUUAUACGACAGAGCACUCCUACUGCACUGCCUUCACGGAGUGUCUUGUCGAUAAGCGCUUUAAGUGCUCAACUUAGUUUCUCCUUUUUUUUCAGGUUUCUGACAUUCGCGUCCUCAUUAGCCGUGCCAAACAUUCCCAGCGCCAGCAUGGUCCUCGUGGUCACUGUGCUCUCCUCUGUCGGCGUUCCCACCGAGGGCGCUGGGUUGCUCUUUGCCAUGGAAUGGUUCCUGUAAGCAAAUGGAUUUUAUUUUGUCUCCUAUGAAAUUAUUUUAUGCAUGAGGGGAGGCUUCUGUCUUUAAAGCAGGCCUUUUAAGCGUCCGCCAGGGCGACCCACACAUGCGCACAAACUAUCGCUAGACCAUGGUAGGGGGGGAUGCUCAUCGAUCGUUCUUACGGAACUCACUCGUUCCUUUGUGCCUUACGGGUUCUCUCACGAGCCCAACCAGCAGCCGCACAACGGCGCCUGAUAUAGGCAGUAUGGUAUUACUGAUUAAGACAAGAGAGACUGGAAUGACCAUGUCUGGCUUAUUAUCCGUCGUCAGCCAGCCAUACCCAACCCCGAAGUGUGGAACACCCGAGGCUCGAACUCGCGACCUGUUAGGUAGAAGUCCUUGCCUCUAACCACUGGGCCACGAGCCCGUUGUCCUGUCGGACUAACACGGCAUUGUUCAUGUUUUAAUAGCUUCGCUUUUCCUAGUCUAUAAAUACCAUAUCGCUAGACCUCCUGGAAAUGUCGGCCUAGGUCGGGAUUCACUGUGUAUCUGAGCCCACAGAGUAGACAUUUUUAUGAUCGAUAUAGUCAGUAUGCCCUCCUUAGAAAGUAAGUGCCCGAAUGUAUCAAUUUUUUGGUUAGUCUCAAGUUAGCAUUCGUGCUGUUGAGGUUGACCAGUUAGCUUAGGGCCGAUAAGAUCUUACAUAAUACUACAACUGGGAAACUGAACUCAACCGGUUCUCUAUAUUCUGGUUCCCUCUUGCCUAAUGUUUUAGCAGACGCAUCAAAAUGUCCGAGAUUUCGAGCUCGAAUUCACAAAAGAAGGAGCGAUUCCUUGAAAACGCGGCGCGAUCUUUGGGUGUUUUUUCCAAAUUUGAACUGUAGUUAUUUGAAGCAAACCUUACUGUGGAUAACUUGUAACAGAAGCCAACUUCGUCCUCUUGUAGGGAUCGUUGUCGCUCGGGAAGUGGCGGUCUCUCCAUCAUGUACAUUGCAGCGACAACGCAGGCCAUCUACGACCGUACAAAAAAGCAUGAAAAGGAGACGGAACCGGAGGACGCUGCAUCAGGAUCUGUCGGGAGCGAUAAGGAGAAUUUGCCCGUAUAG